AUGUCUACACUGGAGGAGCUUUUUUCCCGCAGUUCAAUUGAGGAACUUGACGUCUCAGUGGUGAAAGAUCAGUUGAACAAAUCCAAAGGCUCAUCGGAUCUUGAGAAAUUGAUCCUAGAAAACGUUGAAAGAGCGUAUGAGUUGGCAUUGAAGACUGAUAUACCAUUGGCAUUGCUAUUGAAGGGUGAUAGAUCCAAAUCAGAGGCAAUUAUUCAAUUUUUAAUCUCCAAAAUUAAACAUACUCAAAGUGAUUCGGAACUAGAAUUUGUAUCAGAUACAUUAUCAUUAAUCUUAAGUACUAAAGGGUUUGUUAUUAAAGAUGCUGAGAUUCUUGUAUCAUGCACUAUAUUCAAGAUUGUUGAUUUAGAAAAAUGUUGGGUUUCCAUUAUUAGAUUAUACAAGGCUAACCCUUCAGAAACUUUGGUUUUAAUUGAUCAACAAUUAGAUAUAUUAAAUGCUAGGGAACAAUAUGCACCAAUUUUCAAAAUAGUGGCAACAAUUUUUGAAAUUGAUAAGGAACAAGGUAAGGCACUUUUCCAAGUUGAAGCUGUUCAAGAAUCAAUAGUAAAAGUUAGUCAGUAUUCUUCCCAAAAAGUGAUUAAAGAAGGGUUAAAUCUCUUAUCUGCUUUAUGUUCAGAUGAUGAAACAAGAAAACUAAUUGCCUCCAAAUUCACUUCAGUCCUUGUUGAAGCUGUGAAAUAUAAUGAUAUUGAGAUUCAAGAAUUAUCUGCAUUAGUUAUUAUCAAAACAUGGAAUUUCACACAAUUAGAAUCUGAAAAAUCAUUGAAUAUUAAUGAUCUUUAUGAUAUAUUAACAAAGAAAUUUACUAAGUUCACAGUUGAAGCUUUGGCAUAUUUAUCAAUCAAGCCAAGUAUAAAGCAAAGAAUAAGAAGCGAUGAUGAAGUCAUUCUAGAUCUAACUAAACUCUUGGAUCCAAAAGAAGGUGCUUCAUUAGAAGAUAUUUAUGGUGCUUUAGUUACAUUAGCUAAUUUAAGUACGAUUGAGGAAAAAUCCGAGGUUUCAGAAUUAAAACAACAUGCUAAAAAGGGACUUGAAUCUGAAAUUGAAGAAGAUCCAGAGGAUAUUAAACAAUUUCAAGAAGAUCUUUUAGAAAGAAAUGUUAUUCAUAAUUUAUCAUCACAUAAAAAAUUAUCAUUAACUUCAGUUUUACCUGCUAUAAAAUUGGUUUAUAAUUUAUCAAAAGAAAAACAAAAUCGUCCACAGGUAUUAUCACAAGCAGGUUUGGAAAUUGUGAUACGUUCAAUAACAUUAGAUAAUAUCCCACAAGAGAUUUUAAAAUUUGCAUAUCAAUCAAUUUCAAAUUUAUUAUUAACAACAAAUCCAUCUACAGUUUUCCGUCUUCGCGAGGCACAAUUUGCCUUAUUUCAAUACCUUUCCAUUGAUGGUAUAACUCAAAAGGAGCAAUUACAAGCAUUGAUUUCAUUAACAAAUGCUAAUGCUGUUGAUAACGGUGCAUUCACUCCAAUACAAUGGAAAAUCAUAGAUCAUUACUUGAAUAAUGAAGAAACUGCAAUACGAAGAGCUGCCAUUGAGUUGGUAUGUAAUGCAGUACAACAUAAGGAGAAUGUUGCAGGACUUUUUGAUUUUUCAAAUAAAGAUUCAAAGAGAAGAUAUGAUUUAUUAGUUCAGUAUACUGGGUUACCAGAUUUGAAAUCUCAAAAUUCAGCAGUUGCAGCUUUAUCAUUUGGUAUCACUAUUGAAUUCAUCGCACAAGAGGUUAUCAAAGACGACAAGCUACUCAAGAAUCUUUCCUUGAUCUUGAAUGAACAAUACAAAGAACAAGACCUUUUAGAAAGAACUCUUUAUGUUCUUUAUUACUUGGUUUUCCAUUCCGAAGAGAAUUCCCAAAUCAUCACUUCAUUGUCCACCAACACACAGCUGAAAAACGGGAUUGAGAAAGUGAUACGAAAUACAAAGAGAAGCACUGAACCGUUUGAGAUGGCUCUCGAGAUCACCAAGAUUGUUAGAUUCAAGUAG